UCUACAUCAUGAAGUUUUUCUAUGGCUACCUGAUCCUGCUAGGCGUGGCGUCGCUGACAUGCACCACCGCCCAGGAUAAUUCUGAAUGGUAUGAUCACGCUCUCCUAAGAGCAAACCUCCUCUCAACCUAUGCCGGUAAAGAAACUCUUCCAUACUAUGAUCAGGCUAACCGAGUAAAUCUGGGAAUGUCACUGACGAAGCUUCGAGGACUGGAUUUAUUCAAAGGAACAAUUCAGAUGAACGUAUGGAUGAAUUUAGCUUGGAGUGACCCGAGGUUAGCAUGGGAUCCAACCACAUGCGGAAACAUCACCAAACUUCACUUGCUUCCCUCAGAAAUCUGGGUGCCUGAUAUAACACUCUUCAACAGUAACUCACCGAGUGAAAGCCUGAGGAGUGGAGUUUCCGCUAUUGUGUACGCUGAUGGUAGUGUCUUCUAUGACCCACCAAUGCAUCUUGAAGCAACCUGUACGGUGGAUCUGACAGACUACCCCUACGAUCAACACAACUGCAGCCUGAAAUGGGGAUCAUGGGCGUAUGGCGCAUCUGUGAUAACCAUAGACUCGAUAUCAGACUCCAUUGAUUUGUCUGAGACAGUCGAUCAUCCGAUUUGGGAUAUCAUCAACCAAAAGGCUACAAAGCAUACUGACUUUUACUACAGCUGCUGCCCGGGGGAAACCUUCGAGGAUGUUACAUUCUCGUUGGUUGUCCGUCGAAGAGAGACCCACGGCCGUAUCGCCUCCUCCGUGGUCACGGCAUGGCUUAUCCUCAUCGUCUUCCUGAUCAGUCCGUCGUCGGCCGGAGUACGGAUCGUCUUCGCGGGUUCCGUCCUCAUCGCCUUGGUGGUAUUGUCGGCAGCGCUCAGUGCAGAGGUCCCCGCCUACUCGACGACCAGACUUGGUCGGUUCCUCAUCGUUGGGAUGCUCAUCCUCGCUUUCGUCAGCGUCGUCAAUGGCCUCAUCUAUCGCUUCUACCCCAAGGAGAAGCCAGGACAGCUCAAUGAAGGAGACGGUUCGUCUCCACCACGGGUUCUACUCAUCAUCGACAUCGGGGCUUUCGUGAGUACUGUCAUCAUCCUAGGAAUAUCAACAGGCGCCCUCUUUGUCUAAACUUCAGCGUUUUGGCGUUGGCUAGCUGUACCAUGUCUACAGUAUGUGUACAGUGGAACCCUGUGGCAUAUCGUGGUUGCAGCGAUUGAGUGGACAUUGACGUCAUUUUAUUUUCGGGGGAGGGGGAGGGGGGAGGCAGGUCAAAGUAAGAGGGCCAUAAAGUGAGGGGAUUAUUUGGAAGAGGUCGAAUCAUCUUCAUUUCACGCUGCCAUCUCAAUUCCUAUCUUCCCUCUCUCUUACAUUUUUCUUCUCCUUUUUUGUCAUUUGAUGGGGGUGAGACAUGAGCGCUCCCCGCGUUCAUGCAGUUAUGUUCCCGGUGCCGGUAUCUCGCAUAAAAGUAGAUUACGUUUGAUUUUCUAAUAUCAUCUUUCAAAUUAUAAUAAUUAUUCUCCUUCGCCUCUUUGUCCUCUUAUACUUUAGUGUGUGUUCCUCAUUUGGUCUCAUGAAGUAAGAGUAUUAAUACCUGGAGAUUAGUUAUAAGAAGAAGUCUUACAAAAAGACAAACGAUUGUCAUUACCUGAGAAGGCCAAACAACAUGACCCCUUUUAUGAUGGUUUGUCCUUCGUACAUUUUAACAAUUUUUAGCAUUGCAUUUAGAGUAUAUUUCUUUUUGUAUCAUAAACAUCAUAAUUAAUUCAGUCAUACAUGUAGAAUCUUUACAUAUUUUCCAAAGUGAAUUUUCUCCAAACCAGAUGAGAAAUUUGUUGGAUAAAAUUAUGUAACAUUUGGCUAAUAGGGAUGAUAGAUCGAACUUUUACCAAUUUCAUUGUUUUUUUUAAUGAAUUCCAUUUUCUAUGUAAUGUGCAAUUUGUAUUUAGAACUCCGUGUCGUCCAUGAUUUAUGUGCAAGU